CAAAUGGUUCCAGUUGUGUGCUCAGCAAUUCCACCUGCCCCUAAAAUUUUGGUACUGUUGGCAGAGGCUUUGAUCUCUGCUUUUUCUGCUCUUGUUCUGAAGGAUUAUCCUCGAGAAGCUGCAGCAGGAGAUGAUCCUUCACCGCUGCUGGAAAAUAGCAGAGGACCUGAAGAUGAUGUUUUUAUUUCUCAGUAUGCUACUGGCCAGAAAGAAGCUCUGAGAGCAGUAUUAAUGCAAAAAACUCAGAUUAUUCCUGUUCAUAAGGAAGUGAAGGUGCAGCUCUUGGGAAGUGCCCCCACAGAAAAAAGGGAAAGUGCUGGGGGUGACACCAGGUCAGCACCCAGGGAAGUUGACUCUGCAACAACCAUUGCAGCAGCCACUGCUGCUGCCAUUGCCACAGCAGCUCCACUUCUCAAGGUUCAAAAUGAUUUGGAAGCAAAAGUGAACUCAGUUUCAGAACUGCUUCAGAAACUGCAGGAGACAGACAGGCAGCUGCAGCGAGUGUCUGAGCAGCAAAAAAUGAUGAAGGCUCAGCAUGAGGAGCCCCACUACCACCAGAGAGUCAAGGAGCUGGAAAAACAAAUGAAUGCUUUCAUGGUGCAACGCAUUCAGCACUUGGAAAAGCUACAGGAGCAACAAAUGAAUAUUCAGUCCCAGCUGAUCAGCUCUGCAGUGAACACCCGUGGCCUGCAGCAGGGUCCUGUGCCUGCCUCUGGGCCCCUGACAGGACACCUGGAGAAGCCAGAGCAGAGACCACUCGCUAACGAAACACCUUCAUCUCCCAGGGGUUUAUUCCCUACCACUGCUGCACCUGCCCAAGUGUUCCCUGAAGCAUAUUCAAGCCAUUUUCCAAGUCAUGGGGUUCACACACAAAAAUCUCCUCUAAAGACACCAGUUCCUCGAAGAUAUGCUCCAGAACCUGUACCCAAAAAUGGGAAAAUCUCAGAGAAAGAAAACUCUAUAGUAGAAAAAGAAAAUAUUCCCAAACCUACAAGAGAAGGUGAAGGGAAAGGUCUGGAACACGUUUUGAAUUCUCAAGAAAUACCACUGAAGCAAAUGGAAUAUUCCAAGAAGACAACAUUAAGCAGCAAUGAAAGGGGCUGGCCUUCUGAGAGAUACAGACACAAUGCUUUGCCUGCAGACUUAAUUCCUUCCUUUGUAAGCUACAAUUCAAUUGAGAAAACAGUGCAGAAAGCAGAUGAUUUACUUCAAGAUCUUGGCAAGUUGAGAAGAGAAAUGCACAACAUUCUACAGGAAGCAAGUUCAUGGAAAUCUGACAUGAAUGAUCUUAUUAAGUUAAAAUUUCCUCCUGUUUCACCCGAUCCUCCCGAACAUCAUCUGCUCAACAAACCAUCCAUCCUUCAAACUGUCAAACCACCAAGGUCUAUACUGACAGAUGCUGAAAGGGCUUUGAGAGGAGUGCAGAACAAUAAAAGAGUCCUCGAGGAGAAUCUGGAAGCUGUUACUCGUGCAAAAGAUGGAGAUGCCCUGUAUUCCCUCAGUGACUCCUUGACUACAAACAGAGAUGCCUUGGAUGAGAUUCGUAUCCGAAGGACUGUGGAUGAGUGGAUCAAGGCAAUCAAUGAGGAGCUCCAGGCUGAAAUGACAAGGAAGGAUCCAGAACAAGAGAAAUAUGAUGAAAAAGCCCCAUGGAACAAGAGAGCCCAAAACCUCAGGGCUAUGAAGACCAAGAAAGAAAUUAAAGAGAGAACUCAAAACGACCAAGGUUGCCUGACAAAAAGACCUUUAUCUGCAACAAAGCCAUUGCAGAAGCAGGUGGAAGAUAACACAAGGAAAGAGAAGUUUAGAACUUAUGUUUCUGAAAAUUUGGAGAGCAAAGAAAGAAGAGCAGAUGGAGCUGUAGGUGGAACUGCACUGGUCCAAAAUGAAGAUUAUCUGUCUCAAGUUUAUGGGAAACCCAUUUACCAGGGCCACCGUAGCACACUUAAAAAAGGACCUUACCUGAGAUUCAACUCUCCCUCUCCCAGAUCUAAACUUCCCAGACCCAAGCUGAUAGAGACUGUUAGAGGCACAAAGGUGAAGUCAGCAAGGACCCAGACCUGCUCUCACACACAGGAAGUCAUCAGCAGCCCCAUGAAGAAGCAUCCUGUGUAUGCCCUUGCCCAGCAGAACCAGUACCUCUUCAGCCCCAGCCAAGAUGUCCCUGCUGCCUCUGGUCCUCUGGAAGGCCACCUCAUUCCCAUGGCUAUCCCACUAGGUAAAACCCAAAGCAGCAGCACAUUACUGCAGCCUGCUGGAGUAACCUUAGAUGAACAACACCCUGUCACAGUUACAACCUCCCUUCCUCAAGUGCCACCAAAGCCUCCAGUGGAGGUAAAAAAGCCAAAUAUAGCUGUAAUAGAGAUGAAAUCAGAGAAAAAGGACCCACCUCAGCUCUCUGUGCAGGUGUUACCAAAUGUUGAUAUUGACAGUGUUUCAAGUGCCAAUGGAAGUGUAAGUCACACUCCUCCAGGCUCUGAGCCUCAGCUCCCUCCUGUCGAUGCUGUAAUACAGAUUCCAGAAGAAACACACAGUGAAGAGGAAGAUACAAAGUUGCCAGGAGCUAACUUCAUUGAGGUUACUGAUGUCACACAGGAUCAGGAAGAGGAGAAGGAUGAAAUUCCAGAAUUCCUUGAGCCUCAUCUGGAGCUUAAUGGCCAGUUUAGAGUUGCCUCACCACAAUACAAUGGUCCUUUGUUUCCUCCAGUGGCUUCUGCUCCUCAGCAGCCUGCUGAUAUUUUGGAUGAGCUGAUUCAAAGGAGAGAAACUAUAGAAAACAAGUUGGUAAAUUGGGUGGAACAAGAAGUAAUGGCAAAAAUUAUUGAUGAGAUGCACCCAGCUCAGAAAGAAACAGUGCCCAACAUUAGCAGCUCAGACAGUGAAGACAGUGAGGUUGUAAACCCUGGCAUUGUUGAAGUCGCAGGUGGUGGAGGACUUCAGCUCUUUGUCAAUGCUGGUGUCCCUGUGGACUCAGAAAUGAUAAAUCAUUUUGUGAAGGAAGCUCUCAGUGAAACCAUUGCAACCAUGCUGGGUGACAAUAAGGCUCAGAAAACAGUUCCUGAUCCAAGUGUUCCCUCCAGCACAACCACAGUGAUGGAGGCUCCUAUGCCUACUCCAGUGCCAACACCCCAGGCCACACCACCACCAACACCACCUUCAGAAAAAGAAUUGCCUCGGGUCAAAACUCCAGAUUCGUCUCCAUCUCCUCCAGAGAUGACUGGGGAUGUUCGUGGACAUGAAAAAAUUAAAGAAACAGGAGUUGAGAUUGCAGCUGCCAUGUGCCCUGUGGUCACCCGUGUGGUCACCCCUGUGGUCACCCCUGUCACCACACCUCCCCCAGUAGCCACACCGAGCCCUCCUGUCUCAGAAUGGGGCUCCCAAGCUGAAGAAAGGGAAAAUCCAAAGCUUCCAAACCCGUGGGAUGGUGCAGAACUUCCUCUGGAAGAAGAGAAUCCCAGUCCUGGCCCUGAAGAACCAUUCCAUCCAAGGACUCUGGAGAUGUCAGUGGUCAAUGAUGAGGAGCCAGAGACCUUGGUUUUACCAUCUCAGCAGCUGCCAGUGAGGCCCUUUGAGCCCCUUCCCUGCCAUGCCCUGGUGCCAUCACCUGUGGCCACGCUCAGCUCCGGGGUGUCCACGCAGGAGAGCAGCCUCACCCCCACCGAGCCUGACACCACGGACAGACCCCUCUCAGAAGGGGAGGUGCUCUUCACCUAUGAGCAGCCACUGCCUGCAGCAGCCUUAGCAGAAGGAGGAUUGUCUCUUCCAAACCUCACUGAGAGCUUAUCCAGUACUCUCCGAGAUGCCAAUGAAAUGGAUUAUGAUCCUCCAAGUGAAGGGCAGGUGCUGAGGAGAAUGGAUAAAGGCUGUCACAGAGAUCCUGUCCUGACACUUUUAAACAAAUUAAAUCAAGCACCUGUUUUUGUACAAGAAGGAAUUGACCACUUGGAGGAUUCUGAUGGCAGCCUUGGGGAGCUCAGUGAAGGUCAGAGACCGAGGCUGACCAGAGCACAGGAGAGAAUCCUGAUGGGAAAUUCCAUUUUUAUGGAGCACCCGUCUGCUCAGAGCUCUGGGAACAGACCACGCCACAGUCUCCGUUCUGCAUCUCCAGGGCAGCUUACCCAAACUGGAGCAGAAAUUCUUGGAGAUGCAAAUACAAGUCCUAGUCCAAUGCUUUUGGCUGAACUGGAGUCACAGCCAGGUUCAAAUCCUGCUCUGCCAGCAGCCCAGCCCAGCUGCAGAAUGACACCACUCCCAGAGGAUCUGUCCCAGGAGGAAAGUCAAGGAGCUGCACAUGUUGGGACUGUGAGACCCCAAGUUAUCUUUGUGAGAAGGAAAUCUGAGGAGAUGCAACAAGAAGAGAGCUGUUCAGCAAACGAGAUGUUCAUAAUGUUGUGAUAAAGGGAGUGGCUCGUGCACUUGAGAGAACACAGGAGUGCUGCAGGAGAACUGGAAGAUAAUGUGAAGUUAAGAUCAUGCAAAUGUGGGAAUAAAAGAGAUAUUUUCAAUGUUAAAAUGACCUGGUGUGUAGCAUAUAAUGAUUUUUCUCUUCUGAAGGACACUAAGUAUUAUCUCUGCUAUUUUUGGAGGUUGCUUAACAGUGUUUAUAAAGGUUCAGGAUGAUGAAAGGGAGGGAGAGAAUAUCUUUUGUUUAUUGUAGCUCAAGUCAGUGUUGGAAUAGCAUAAACUGUGCACAUGACUGCCAUGGGUAAUUGUUUUAGCAGAUAAGAAGUUUGUGGAGGUGCUACAGUGAGAUGUGUAGCAGUUUUAAUCUUACAUUCUAAGAACAAGAAUCUAAAAACCUGCCUGUCUACAAUAUAUGCAAUUAUAAUUGCUCCACCCUAGCACAGAGAAAUUUUUCCUUCAAGCCCUUUUAAAAAUAAUUCUUUGAACUUCUUCCAUUUAAUUUUUUUAAAAACCUCUCAUCGAAUUCUGAGGGAAUUAUUCUGCUUCAAAUAUUUAUAAGUGGUAAGAAAAGCCCCAGGCCAAUGUUAUUGGUCGUGGGACUUGGAACAUAAUUUCAAAACCGUGGUUUGCAUAUGAAGAAAGUUAUGAAUAAUGUAAAACUUAUCUGUGGAUAAUUAGUGGAAAAGCUUCCAGAGCUGAAGUGGCACAACUUAGUGCAGGUCUGUGUUUACCUAUUUUUACCUCUGCAUUUAUCUGUACUGUAACACAAGGAAUUUGGGUACGGUCCAACUGGGUCUGUCAACUGAAAACAUGUGACCAGGAGAUGGCAGUAGUCAAUUUUCUUUGAAAGGAACAAAAAAAAAAAAGAAAAAAAAAGGAUGAUUUAUAUAGCGAGAUAAUUGAAAUCUCAUUCAAAGUAUACAUAUUUAAUAAGCCAAUAAAAAUCUCAAGGAUUAGCAAAUGGAAACAACUGUCUGUCACUUUUAACCAGAAUGUUUUCUCUCUCUAAGCUUCACCACAGAGACCUUAAUCAGGCCAAAAGUUGAGGGUAAAAAUUAAUAAGAAGCAUUUGAAAGAAGAAGGAAAGCUUGCAACAUGAUAAGUGUACGUGGGUUUAAGUAAAUACAACAUUUUGAAAUUAAGCACAUCUGUUACUGUAAGUUCAAAGCACCUUGUUUAUAGAACCUUCAUGUCAGAUGGUUGCCUUCCCUGGGAUAGCCAGGGACAAGGAAUGCUUCCCUGGAAAUGGAGAAGCAUUCUGGAGGCAGCACCAUUUAGGUACUUUUUCAGAGUUUAAAGGGUAUGUGGCUGGAUUGGUAUUAGAGUUUAGGAAAUCCAAAGCCCUGAGAUGAAGAAUGAAUUCACAGUGUUGGGAGAAAAGGAAAAUUGUUUUGGACUUCAAGUUGGAUGUUAAAAAGCCAUUUUUAUUUAAUUGAUAAGUACAUGACAAGCUUUGAUUCAUCUUUUGGUGGCCAUAAACAUACACACACAUUAGAGCUUUCUUUUGUUGUUUAAAAAUGUCUGUGGUCUGCAGUGAACAUGUGUUUUUACUGAAAGAAAGUUGAUUGAUGGCUUCUAAUGAAAGUUGAAGUUCAGGACUGCUACAAUAUCAUGCCUGAAAGGGUAAAGUCUCCUGAAAAAUUACAACUGAAAAUCAAGCCUGGAUGUAUUAUUAAUUGAAAUGUGUGCCUUUUCUAGACACAGUGGAGACAGUGGUUUGAAAACAUAGAGUUGUAGUACAUAAUAUACAUGCAUAUAUAUUUUUGGCUUUAUAAUACCCUUUAAUCUUUGUACCAUUCUUUCAUAUAUCUUCAUGAAUUUAAUAGGAUAGUAAUUGUUGUGGUUGGUGAAUGCUCAUAUUUCCAGAAUUUAGGCAUUUUCAGGCUUGCAUUAAAGGGAUUCAGAAUUUUUAAAAUUAAAAUGAAAGAACAGGUGGCAAUGCUUGAGUGCAGAGCAUUUUUAAACUUUAAUAUGAGCAGCUCAGAGGUAGAUGUAUCUUCACUUAAUUAUUUUCCUACAGCAUAGACUCUCAAAAUGUGACCUAGAGAGCACAACUUGAUGAUAGUAAUUCCUUUUUAUCUCCAGCUAGUGAAUUAU